AUGGAUCACCGAACCUACCGCCGCACGAUACCGGAGGAAAUUGUGGGCUCGCCCUGCCCCGUCGACCUCCCGCUCUCGAGCAGCCGCGAAGGCUCCCCGCAUAGCGACAACCCAGAAUUUUCCGACCCACUCCCAAACAUCACCGACUUCAACCCGGGGCGUAUGCCCUGCUUCCCGAACGCGUCCCCGACGUACCCGGGCGUACACCAGAACGCUUCCCCUCAUGACCCGGAGACCAUCACGCCUACGCCGAAAGGCAAACAAAGUGAGUUUCGUAACCUGGGGCACCCCUUCUCCCACACUCGGCCCGAAGAGGUCUCCUUCCCCCUCCACCCCGUCGGCGACGGAUGGCCUCGCCUCCCCACCAAAACAGGAGGCAACGCCCCGCCGCUCACACCGCAAGCUGGCGUCUCUGAGAGCGCCGCGACCCAAGCACGGCUCGGUGCCACGACCCAGCCCCGCCGUGUCCCGGCCGUCACAGUGCGCAAGUCUAAGAAACGCCUGAGGACGGCCUCCCUGGACGCGGAGCUUGACAGCGGCGAGGACACGGGUCCCCAGCCCUCGCAAACUGCGAAGGGAAAGCGGGCGGCACUGCCAGUGAAUCCCGCAGGAAACACCCCGUGCGCCGGAGAACAGCAGAUGGCUCCCACUGCCAACGCCUUCUACCACACCUGGUCCCUGUCAGACCACGAAGCUGAGAUGCCGGUGCGGGCAGAACAGGCAGAGCAGGCUGGACACCCCCAAGCCCAAGCUCACCUCGAAGCGCAGGCGCACUCACUCCCCCCCGGAACGGAGGCGAACGCCGCGGUACCCUCCCUCCCGGGCUUCGAUGAAUACAUCCAGGGCGCCAUACACAACUACUACACGACGCUCGCGGCGGGCCAAGAGCUGUUCCUCCCGCUCCUGUCCGCAAAUGGAGGCGCGCUGCCGACGGGCACGCCGCUUGCUCAGAACAUGCCGGCCGACCCGACUUUGCCCUCUCCCAUCCCUCAGCACGUGUCGCAACCUCCUGUCGCGCUCCUCCAGGACUCGAUACACGCCCCUGCGCGCGCGUCGAUGUCGGAGAAGACAGCACCGCCGCCCCCGGAUAGCAUGGACGUCGAUGGAUAUGAGCCCGAGCUCCGCUCCGCCCCCUCGGAACCCCCUCGCGCAAUGAACACGACGAGCUCGAAACAUGAGCAAGCUAGACAGGCAGCCCCGCCGGCUCACAGCAUGGCGAGAGCGCCGCGCGCGAGUGAACCGCUUCCAGCGCCGACCGGAGGCGGCCCCAAGUCCCAUACUGCCCGUACCCUGACUGCGAGUAAUGCACCACCCGCAGCCGCCCCGGCCCAGCCAACCAUGCCCCGCGUCAUAGGCCGGGCGGAGUACCUCCGCAACGCCGGAAUCCUGAACGUCCUCUCGGAGCCGGAGGGGGGUUUCCCCAAAAAGCACGCGCAAUCGACGCGGGACCUCCUCCGCGGUCUCCCCGAGUCCAUGGCUGACACGUGGGAAGGACUCAGCGGCAAAAACCAUGCCAUACUGGAGGUCUUCAUGCAGGAGCGACGGAGCGACAAGCCGUACCUCGACGCGGUUGAACGCGUGAUCAGGACGACUUUUGGCAAAAUCCUGGACUCGACGAGGCUCACCCUUCUCUCCGCAACCGAAGGACAGGAUGCCGCGGCGAGCAAGACGCUCUCGCUCAUCUGGAUGCUCUACAACUGCACAGACGCCGAGAUGGCGACGCUCGCGCAACAGUUUGUCUGGCCGACCCCAGAUCUCACCGCCUGUGUCCAUACUGUCUUUGUUUGCAUCCCGGAACACCUCCUCACCUACACGGGUUUCAAGAUACCGUACGACGUCACCAUCAAGAAGGGGGUCACUGCCGCGUUUCUACAGAACGAACCCUUCCGCGCCCUUGUCAAGCUGCUGAAGCUGGAGCACGGCGACCGAGCGGGUGUCGACUAUGCGGCGAUGGCGAGGGCCGUCGUCCAGGGCAUCCGCGUCAAGCCCUACCGCGUCGGCAAGGCGGACGGCCCGGGUGAGAUCGUGGCGUCCGUCUACUGCGACCCCCCGACGACCAACGCUGGGGCUUGGUACACGUGGCAAUGCGCCCUCUUCAACACGACGGUCACAACGGACCUCAACGAGACUGCCACGCCGCGCACGCCGGUUAGAUGCAGCGUCUGCCACGCCGGCGACCAUGACGAACGCAACUGCCCCUUUGAAGAGGUGGAGGGGUGGUUUGGCAAGCUCAACCUCGGCCCGCUCGACGUCCCCGCCCCCCAGCCGCCGCAACCACCGCCAGAGCGCGCCCCGCAGCCCGCACCACAACCACCGCAGCCGCCACAGCCCCCCACGCCGGCCCCUAUAGCUCAGCAGGCGCCCCCCAGCCAGCACGCCCAACGACCGCCCACCCGCGCUCGCACGCCGCAGCAGCGGGGCCACCACCACCAGGGGUCAUCGCGCGAGAUGCAGCCGCCCCACCCGCAGAACGGAGCACUGUACCAGCAGCCGCCGCCUCCGUACUCGAGCGCGGCCGGUGCUUGGCCGCUGCCCCUGCCCCCGCCGCACGCACAGCCUAUGCUGCGGCAGCCGUACACGGCGCCCUACCCGCCGGAGGCCCCCUACCCGCCCUAUUACCCUCAGCACCAACCCUACUACUACCACCCCCAGUUCUACGCCCAACCGCAGUAUGCUCCUGCGCCGGCUACCGACCGCGUCGAGCGGUAUGAGGAGUACGAGGAGGAGGGGAGCGCAGGACAUAACGGCUCGCAGUCCUCGUCGAGAGGCCGCGGCGGUAACCCCCCGCGCGGCGGUCCGCGCCGCCGAGGCCAGUACCGCUCACAGAACCCGCCUGCCCCCCGUAUGUGA